AAAGUACGGUUAUCUUAGAAUUAUUCAUUAAAAAUAACGAAUAACGGAGAUGUACAAAUCUUAGAUAACAGAAAUAUUUGUUUUUGGCUUUGUUUGACGAAGAUAGACAGAAGUUUUCAACAUCCUAUGAAUCAAACAUUCUCCGUACGGCUAGUACAUCACUUCAAGUAAAAAUACGUUUUACACAUUUUUUUUUGUGUACGUUUAUAAUUCAAUAGAAAGUUUUUGUAAUUUUUGUGCAAAAUGAGUGCAAAAUCUCCAAUUUCCACUCAUAUAUUGGACACAUCAAGAGGUCAACCAGCCGAUGGUGUCUCGCUUUACAAAAUGAUUGAUGGAAAUUGGGCACUAAUUAAUGAAUCGGUUACGAACGCAGACGGUCGAUGUGCGGAUUUAUUACUUCGUUCAACAUUUCAAUGUGGUCGCUAUAAACUCAAUUUUAAUGUUGAAAAGUACUAUGAAAGGCUUCAGUCUUCAACCAUUUAUCCAAUCAUAGAGAUAAUAUUUGAUUGCUUGGACCAAGAUAGUCACUAUCAUAUGCCCCUACUUUUGAAUCCAUAUGGUUACACUACAUACAGAGGCUCUUAGUUUGAGUGGUUGUCAUUUAUUUUUGUAUGGUAUAUAAUUCUUUAAUAAAAUUAACCAGAGUGGACAUUGA